AAAAACAUCUUUGUCAACUUUCCUCGGAUAAUAACUACAAAAUAACUUGUUUGGGAGCAAUAAAGGGAAAGGUAUUAUCGUGUGAAAUAGUUCCUGAUAAACAUGACGGGAGCGAUGAAGAGUGUUGA